AUGAUGCAUACACACCAAACCGCCCUUCCUGCUUCGGCAACCCUUCCCCUUCACAGAUCCCCCCAACCAGGCUCUCCCCGAGCCUCCUCUCCGAAGCAUGGCCCCGCUUCACCCAAGCCUCUCGUCCUCCACGCCUCGAGCAGAGCCGCACCUCCCUCAGUCCCCACCCACAUGCUCCCACAAGACACGGACGAGCUAUCCUCCUACACGUCUUCUGGCUCCCAUAGCUAUCAGCAGCAGCAGCAGCAGCAGCAUAAGCCUGAUGCGUCCUCCUCCUCUGCUUGGUUCACUAAGGAAGACGCUGAUGACAUUCUUGGUGCUGCGGGGCUGUCAGGCGGGAAGCUUCCCUCCGGAAUUGCUGGAAUUGCGGCUGUAGCGGCUCAACUCGCCCGCGCUGCUACAGCUGCGUCCCCCCCGCGCCGGCCGCCAGGAGGGAGGGAAAGCGGGCCAGAGAGGGAGAGAUAUGAUCCUGAAAAGCAGUACCUAACUCAGCCUACUGGGGUGUUGUCUGGGUUUAUCGAGAGGAAGUUCAAAACCCCACCCAGGCAGCAGCAGCAGCAGCAGCAGCAGCAAUAUCAGCAACAGGCACAUGGAUUCGGAGGGACAGGAGCCAGUCCGGAAUUCGGUGUUCCGAAGCGAUCAGGUUCGGGAACUGGCCGAGCCAUCCUAGGCUUGGGAGUGUCUCCUGACCGCCCCUCCAGCUCCACCGGUCGGCCUUCCAGCUCCGGUGACCGAACCUCUGGUGCAGGUCUGGGUGCUACUAGGGGGAGUGGUUAUAAAGGGGGCGGUGGAUGGGGGGAGAUUGAUAAAGGGGAGGAGGACGAAGGGUGGGGGGCAGAGGUGGAGACAGAUGAGUGGGAUAAGGGCAGCACGGGUGGGUGGGAGGGACUAGGGCUAGAAACUGCUGUUUCAGUGAAGCCCUCAAAAGGUGUUACCAGCAGUAGCACUGGUGUUACCAGUAAGAGUGGUGUUUCCAGCAGCAGUGGUGUUGCCAGUGGUGGUGCUGGUGGUGCUGCUGGUGUUGCUGCUGCUGCUUCUGCUGCUGAUGCUGGUGGUGCUGAUGUUGAUAGUGACGAUAGUAGCAGCAGCGGAGGUUGGGAUAAUUCGGAUUGGGAGUCUCUGUCCCCUGUAGCUCCCACUGCCGCUGGUGGGCAGGCCUUGUCUUCUUCUGGCGCUGGAACCUUCGCUCCAGUCACACCAGACACAUCCCUACUCAACGGCUUAGCAACUAGGGAAGAGGAGGGUGCUGCUGUGGUGAGAGCAGAUGCUGCUGGCGCUGGGGCAAGCGUGGUGCAGCAGAAGACUCCUGGGCUGCUGAGUGCAGGGGAAGGAGGAACAGGGCAGCUGCUAGAUCCGAGGAGAGAACAGGAAACGCAAGGGGGUGGUAUGAGGGAGAGGGAGGUGGGGAGGAGAGGAGAAAGCGGGAUGGAGAGGGAGGGAGUCGGGGAGGCUGCGACUGAGGAAGGUGGUACUGAGGACGGGGAUAUUCGGGUGAGUGGGCGGGUAGGGCCUCGUGGAAGGGGGAGGGUUGCAGGCAGGAUGGGGCAGGAUGGGAUGGGGAGAGGAGGCGUAGGAGGGGUGGGUGUGAGAGCGGGCGCGAUUGGAAUUGCUAGGAGCGAUGGUGUUGGUGCUGCUGGUGCUGGCGCCGCUGGUGCUUAUGCUGUUGGUGCUGGUGUUUCUGAUGGUGGUGGUGGUGGUCUGAGAAGCAUUGGAGCUUCUACUGGCGUUGGUGACAUUGUCCCAGCGGAUUCGCUAAGAGGUGAUCCGGUAUUGGAAGCAGCAGCUAGGCUCGUGGGGAAACGGUCCACAGCAGAGGAUGAGGAGCUGGAUGGAGAAGGGGCAACCGAGCAGGAAGUGGGGGGAGAGGGGCAGGUGGAAAGAGUGGGGAGGGUGGAAAGACAGGGGCAGUUUGAAAGGCAGGGGCAAGGAGAGAGGAGAGAGGACGAGUUGAGAGGGAGGGGGAGGGAUGCCGAAGGGGAUGAAGGCGAAAGAAAGGAGGAGGAGGGAAGGUUGGGGCAUUCUGAUAUUGAGAUGGCACAGGAGGAGGGGGAGAUACCAGAGGGAGAGGGGGAGGCGUUAAGGGAGGAGAGAGAAGGGAGAGGAAACGGGGGGGAAGCAGAAGAGACGGGAGGAGGCGAGAGGGAGGGAGAAGAGGGGGGGGAGGAAGAGAGGGGAGGAGCUGAGGGGGAGGAUCUGCAGCAGCAGCAGCUGCUGAGAGAGCGAGAGAUUGUGAAUCAAGGAGUUGUCGGACCGGAGGCUGUGCAGGAUGAUGCAGAGGGGGAGGACGAGGGGGUAGUGGGAGGCGGAGUAGGGAGGGACGUAGGAGGGGAGAAGGAGGAGGGUGAGGAGAAGGAGGAGCAGGAGGAGAAAGAGGGGGAUGGGGAGAGAGAGCGGGAGAGAGCAGGGGAAGCUGAGGGAGAAGGAGAGGAGGGUGUAAGCACAGAGCGGGAUGGGGAGGGGGAUGGGGAGGGGGAUGGAGAUGGGGAGGGUGACGGGGAUGGGGAAGCAGGUGUGGGGAUGGGAGGGGAAGGUGAUUUGGACGGGGGAAUGGAGGGUUUGACGUCAGAACCUAUUCUUGGGCUGGACGAGGCAGAGAAUCUGCUGAGGGAUGUGCCUUCCUCUGAUGACGUGGCAGUGGAUAGAUCCUCGUCAUCUCUGCCUACAUCCACCUCAGGUCUGCCCACAUCCACAUCAGCAGCAUCCACUUCACUCCAAGCACAAUCGCAGCAACAGAAUCUGCUGACCAAGCCAGCCUCCUCUCUCCUUUCUGCUACUCCUGUUAUUGUCACUCCUGCCACUGUUACGGCUACCUCUGCUUCGGUUACCAGCAGCAAAAUCAUUCUCUCUCCUAGCCCUAUGGUCACUGCAGGUAGCAGAACAGGAACAUUAACAGGGACAGCAGCAGGUGCAGGUGUUAUGGGAACAGCAGCCAAAGCCACCACAGGAGGUACAUCAGGAGUGAUUGCAGGGGCAUUAUCAGGUGGAGUUGCUUUGGGAGCAGCAGCAGGAGGCAAAGGAGGCACCGGAGUGAUAGCAGGGGCGGCAGCAGGUGGAGUUGAAGGGAGAGUAGUUGAAGGGGGGGGAGUAGGUGCAGGUGGCACCAUGCUUCGUGGGACGGGUGGCACAUCUGCCACGUCACCACCUGUGUCUCCUGCCACGUCAGCAGCAACAGUGAAGCCUGUAGCAGGAACGACAGCAACCCCAUUAGCAACACCACGCCCUGCACUACCAUCCCCGUCGCUAUUAGCAGCUGUAACAAAGACGCUGCCUGCCAGUCCUGCAGCAGCAGUAGUAGCACAGUCACUGCCUGCCACCCCUUCAGCAACAGGAGCAGCUGUAGCAAAGCUGGUACCUGUUACUCCUGCAACAUCUGUAGCAAAACCGGUGCCUGCCACUCCUGCAGCAGCAGCUGUGGCACAGCCUUUGCCUGCCACCCCUGCAGCAGCAGCUGUAGCACAGCCAGCCCUCCUCACUCCUCACCUCACUCCACUCUCAGCGGCUGUAGCAGCAACAGUCCCCCCAAGCAGUGCUACAGCAGCUGGCAACACACCAGCAACGCCUGUUGCCCUACCUGCUGCUGUCAGCACAUCUACCCCCGUCGGCAGCACAUCUACCCACACUGCCACGACUACCCCCACUGCCACUACUACCCCCAUCACCACCAAGUCUACUCCUAUCACCACGUCUAAUCCCAUCCGCAAUUUUACCCCAACCACUUCAGCCAUUUCCGAAGCUGAAAGCCAGGCAUUGGCCAAGCUCAUGAAAGGAAAGCCAGGAUCGGGGGCUGGAGGUUCGGUGGCUGGGGGCUCAGGUGCAGUUGCAGGCUCGGCACCAGCCACGCCAGCAGCCUCGGCCAAGCCAGCGCCCGCAGUCCCCAAGCCUGCAGCGUCUGUUCUUCCUUCACCAACCGCAGGAGCAACAGCAGCAGCAGCGGCAGGCACAAGUCAGGCCAAGCCGGUGUCUGGCACUCAAGAAGCAGGUAAGCCAAAGACUCUUCCAGCUACUGCUGCGGCUGCUGCUGGUGGUGGUGGUGCUACUGCUGCUGCUGCUGCUGCUGCUGUUGCAAGCCCAGCCAAACCAGCAUCUGGUGCUGUUGCUGGGAGUACUGGCGGUGCUUCUGCUGCUGCUGCUUUGGCACCGACAGUGGUGUACAAGGCGUAA